GUCUAAAAAACAGGCACGUGUCGACGGCAGUGUAUAACCUUGCCGAGGUGUGUUGCUGCCUCUUUUGUCGCUUGGCAACACAGCAACGAAUGCCAGCUUAGCACAGCAGAUAUCAACAGUACCCACUUCACUCUACAGGAAGACUCUUGGCUCAUGAUGUGGAGGACCAUGAAAGGCAUCAGGUUUUGGAUAGCUAACGACGGACGUCUGUACCUGUGGCUACAACAGCUGGUGCCGGUGAGUGAGGCUCAGGCCGCGUGUCAGAGGAUUCCCGGAUUUCACCUUGGUGUUUACUCGACUCGAAGGUCCUUCUAUGUGAUCAAGAAUUUCUACGAGAAAGAUGGAACCGACGUGGCUGUCAACCUCAAUCUGGUCGACGGACAGCCAACCUGGGCCGACGGAACGAGCCACUACGACACUCACAUCUUCUCCAUCUACGGCAUCAUGUUGGGCAAAGACUCCUACUUCAAGCUCUCCGCAGGGGUCAUCCGAAACACCGCCGGGAGCGAGCUGGCGCGGGUCCUCUGCCAGCGGACCCUAUGA